AAAAAAAAAAGAAGAGUGUUUGGCCAUUGAUUGCGACGAGACUGCCGCACACUUUACUUCCCCCCACCGGAACUUAUCACGAUCAAUCCUGUCGCAGUGCCCGCAAACAACAUGGCUGACACCGACUACGACCCCGUUGAGGCCGCUGAGCUCAAGAAGAAGCGCGCAUUCCGAAAGUACCAGUUCCGUGGUGUAGACCUCGACAACCUGCUCGAGCUUGGCUCUGACGAGCUCCGCGAUCUCCUCCAUGCUCGCGCUCGCAGAAGAAUCUCCCGCGGUCUGAAGCGCAAGCCCAUGGCCCUGAUCCGCAAGCUCCGUGUCGCCAAGCAGAACGCUGCACCCAACGAGAAGCCCCCGGAGGUCCGAACACAUCUCCGAAACAUGAUUGUUGUCCCCGAAAUGAUCGGUUCCGUCAUCGGCAUCUACAACGGAAAGUCCUUCAACAACGUCGAGAUCCGCCCCGAAAUGGUCGGCCACUACCUCGCCGAGUUCUCUAUCUCUUACACCCCCGUCAAGCACGGUCGCCCCGGUAUCGGUGCCACCCACUCGUCUCGUUUCAUUCCCUUGAAGUAGGCGAUUCUCUCACGGCCAGUCUUGGUGAUAGGAGGCAGCACAAUCCUCUUGCAAUGCCCGAGUGAUCGGAUCUAUAUUAGGUCAGGGUUCUGGCGGACACCGGGGACUCCUUUUCGAGUUGUCAUGGGAUUACUCAGAAGCUAGUGGCAUGGGGAGGAAAUAGCAGCAGGAGCUCAUACGUAGACGAUAGUCUAUGCUACGACCAAUGGCAGUGCUGCCCCGCAAUGAAUGAAAUGCACAUGAUCUC